AUGUCGUGCAGUGAGAAGUCAGGCCCAGAGUCGACCGCGACGUCUCUGAAACCCCGGACCCAGCACCCAAGCCUACUGGCCUGUAUCCCCUGCCGGAGAAGCCACCUGAAAUGCGAUGGCCAAACGCCACUAUGCAGCAGAUGUGCCGGCCGCAAGGGGAAUUGUUUCUGGGUUGAAUCCCGUCGCGGGUAUCGUGAAUAUCGCAAGCAGCCGGGCGCACAUGACGAUAAGCGCCGGCAGCAGUCAGAUGCAAGCGAGGUCUUCCAAGAGUCUCAGCCUGCGCCGACGCCACCAAAGAUUGAUGGCUUCCGAGGCUGGCAAGAGGUUGACCCGAACCAGGCAGUGGCACAGGCAGCCUCCUUCCAAGAGCUAUUAGCUGCGGACCCUGGCUUUACGUCCGAAGCGACCGAAUACCAAAACACGGUCCUGGAGAUGGCGCAGAACUCCAGCAGUCCCAGCAAUCAAAGCAGUCCCACCAUGCCCAUCCCACGAGAUACCAGUCUAGCUCUGGAGGCCGAGACCGAGGCCGAGUCCACGAACCUGAAUGACCUGUUCUACAAGCAUUUCUACCAUGCCCACCCCUUCGUCGUACCCAGGAAAAUGUUUCUCGAGAGCCCUUUGUCCAUCCCGUACCCGGUCCACUAUCUCCCACAAGCCAAUCGCGCCACACUAGGGAAAGCUGCACAGGUCAUUUUCUCCGACGAUGUCCCCGACGACGGACACAAAGUCCAGGGCCUGCUGCUGUAUGCCUUUGUAUGCUACUCGAGGUUUGACCAAGAAGGCGGUGUUGCGGCUCUGGACAAAGCCAUCGAGAUUGCAGUACGGCUUGGAAUGAACCGGGCCAGCUUCGCCAUCCGCAACGGGGAAAGCAAUCCCACCCUGCAAGAAUCAUGGCGCCGCACAUGGUGGACUCUCCUCGUGAUCGAGAGCAUGGUCUCCGUCGUCGGAGGUCAAGCGCAGCGCUUCAAAACAUACUCCAUUCCCACGGACGUGCCUCUGCCCGGGCCCGACGAAGACUACAACGAACUGGGGUCGUUCGGCCACAUCUGGCCACGAGCAAUGGUGACCAGAAAUCAAGUGGCCAAGUUUGCCCGCGAGGUCUUGACGCAACCAAACGUCGGCGGUGACCCUACCUCAACGUCGUCGUCGGCCAUGGUCCAGCAGUUCGACUCUCAUCCUGUUGCGCAACUCGAAUAUCAGUUCCCUUCAAGCAGCGAUGGCUGGAUGGAGCAAUUACUUCAGCCGGACUCCAAUGAUGACGAACAGCUGGACUGUACUCUAUCACUGGGGCCAUUGAGCAUGACUCCAGCUCAGGCUCAAGGGGUAUGA